AUGGCAUACACGCACGCCGCCAACACCAGUAUGAUGCCGACAACUAUGGCAGCAGUCGCUCCAUUCGAGAGACCCUCCGGAUCCUUCUGGCUCCGCAGCGGCCCGCUUGCGACCAAGUUUUCGGUCCCUGUGGCUGACGCCAUGAUUCCCGUGGAAGAGUGGUUGGGAGCCGUAGAGGCCGUUGCCGACAACUUGGCCAGGUUCGAUAAUCGAGUCGAAGAAUUCAAGGACAGCCCUGAGCCGGCCAACGGCAGGGGGGGUGUCGGCGGGGAUGGUUUCGGGCCACCAGCCACAGGCAUCUCUAGAGUACCGGUGACGCCUCGACUCGAAGGCGUAGAGAAAGAGACGACGUGGCGAGUCCGCAAAUUCACUGUGGUGAUCGAGGAUCGAAUCGGUUCAAGUAGUUCAUGUCCCCGGGGAUUGUCAACUUUGAAUGUAGCCAUCACAUAA